AUGUACAUUCUCCAUCUUCUUCACCUCCUCUUGACCAUCACCCUUGCGACAGUCUCCAUUGCAACCCCCACAGCAGCUGCCGCCGCUGCCGCAGAUACAGCGCCAGCACCCACCAGCACCAGCGAUAGCAGUAGUCCUUAUGUGCAAUGUGCGAAGAACAUCCUCGAAGCCUGCCUCGCCCAAAUGAAACCCGAAAUGGACAACUGUAGCCAAAACGACUGGUCGUGUCUCUGUACUCAGAGCAAGAAUAUGCUUACCUGCUACAACGACUGCCCCUCCGACCCCAACCACGUCGGUGCCGACCAACAAAAAAUGGAAUACUGUAACGCGGCGGAAGCCAACUCACUGUACUCGACCACGACGUCGUCGAUGCACCUCGACGGCGUCGACGAAGACGGCGGCUGCAAGUGCGGUUAA